AUGGAGCAACGCUCCUCUACUGUUACUCACGCGCCGUUCAUGGCUUCUCCGCUUGUCUCUCCCCAAUCUAGACCGCAGCUCUCCGCCGUAACCUCGCCGUUAUCUCCGUCAUCCCAGAUCAGGCGCAAUUCCAAUAACGGAGAAGACGUGAUUGUUGGCAUUUUAGAUACGGGAAUUUGGUCGGAGCAUCCAAAUCCGAGUUUCUCUGAUUCAGGUCUCGGUCCCAUUACUUCAACAUGGAAUGGCGUGUGCGAGAUCGAACCAGAUUUUUCUGCUUCUCGAUGGCCGCGUGUUUAG